AUGUCCAACCAACAAUACGGUGCCACUGCUAAUGAUGUUAACCAAGAGGAGUCUGCUCCCUUGAUCAAUAGAGAUAUUGAUCGCUCCAAUGAGUCCUGUAGACAAAAGUUUCAACGUAUCACCCAUCAACACCGCUUCAAGAUUAUCGGAUCAUGGCUCAUUGUGCUCGCUGUUACUGCUGUCUUGACUAUCUCUGUCCACUAUGCUCUCAAGGAAGACAAGCCUCAUAUCCCUGAGGAACCUCCCAAGGGCGAGCAAGAUGAGCUCGUCAAUGACAUGUGCAUUUCUGAUCGCAGCUGGUUUGUUGCUCUUAUGCUUUCCAUUUUCCUCGGUCCCUUGGGUGUCGAUCGUUUCUAUCUCGGCUACAUCUUCCUCGGUAUUCUCAAGCUCAUCACUGCUGGUCUCGGCGGUAUCUGGUGGACCAUCGAUGUCGUUUUGAUCGCUUUGAACGUUCUCAACGACCAUCCUGCUGGCUGCCACCUCAGAUAA